AUGGAAUUUUUACAAAGAGGAUAUAAAGGGUUACUGGGUGAAAAGGGUCAAACACAAUCUGCAGCAGAUACUGUCAUCAAAUUAUGUGAUCGUGCAAGCAAUUCUACGUUGUUGGAGGAUAGGCGAGCAGCUGUGUUAGGUCUAAAAGGUUUAUCACGCGAGUAUAGACUGGAAGUAGGAGAAAGUGGUCUACCGGUUCUUUUGCGUAUUCUUGAUGAAGAUAAAGAUGAUAUUGAUAUAGUGAAGGCGAUUUUGGAAGUUCUUAAUAUUUUAUGUACACCAGAACGCCAACAGGAGCCUUCUUCAAAUCUAGAUUUAGGAGUUCGAUUCACAGAUGAACUUGUAAACGAACCAAAAAGUAUACAUUUACUAUUAGACCUCUUGAAGCAAUUCGAUUUCUACGUUCGAUAUCACGACGUGCAAUUGUUGUCGAAGCUUUUGGCGACUCGGCCAGAAAAAGUGCAAGAAUGUGUGUUGACUGCUCCGAUGGGAAUUCCGCGGUUAAUGGAUUUAUUGAAUGAUCGUCGUGAGAUUAUUCGAAAUGAGGGCCUUUUAUUGCUAAUCGCCCUAACAGAAACAAAUGCCGAAAUCCAAAAAAUUGUCGCAUUUGAGAAUGCUUUUGAAAAUUUGCUGGAAAUUAUUAAGGAAGAAGACGACCUGCAUGGCGGAAUUAUUGUUCAGGAUUGUUUACAAUUAAUCGUUAAUUUGUUGAGAUAUAAUGUCUCGAAUCAGAACUCUUUCAGAGAAACGAGCUGUAUACAACGUAUUCCUACACUCUUGGGAUAUCCGGUUCAGGAUCAGCAACAAAAAUCCACUCCUAAAGAACCCAUCGAGUUCCUAACACAAGAUUGGCCCGACCAACUUGUCAAUAACACAUAUGUACUACUGGAACUUAUCAGAAUUUUGGUGGUUCCGAAUAAUACGAAUACUGUAAAAAAUCAGAAUGUAAUGCAUCACUACAGCGUGCUGAAGCCGAUCAUUGAACUUGCACUGGCUUCGAAUGCGCCUUCCCCAUUAAAAGCUCAAGCUCUCUAUGCCUUGGCAGAUCUCAUUAGAGCAAAUCAAGCGAGCCAAGAGUACCUAGAAAAAAUAGUGAUCAGUAUCCCGCACGUGCGAGAACAGUCUAUGCAACAAGACUUUCGAUUGCCGCCUCGGCCUGCUGUGAUGGCUCUUAUCGCAAUUGCUGUCGGGGCUGAACACGUGGAGAAUUAUGCUACUCGUGCUGCUGCUACUUAUGCUUUUGAGUGCUAUAUAUCUAACAACUCAGAAGCACAAGUAGUUGUGGCAUCUACAUUGACUCCACCUCCGGAUCUUAAUCCUGAUCCGGAUAUAUUAAUAGCCAAAUCUCAAUCAGCCGGUACACUACUACUCUCUGCAAUUCUGGAAUGGGAAGAAUCCGCCGCUGAUCCAUACGUCGUAUGGUUCGCAUCCGUGAUUUUCUCGCAUAUCCUAAAAAACAAUGAACGCGCCAAAGAAUACGCACGAUUAAUAGACACAGGAGAUGUUGAGAACGACGAAGAGGCUGUCUCGUUGUUACAUGCUAUCGCGGGAAAUUUGAUGAUAGCUACUCGCAAUAAUGCAGACGUGCGCGUCUUGAUUGGAUAUUUGUGUUUGUUAUGUGUUUGGUUAUGGGAUAGUCCGAAAAGUGUUCGAGAUUUUCUAUCAGAAGGGUCUCAUUUGCAGAUUCUCAUUACACCAAUAACUCAGUCAUCUGGUGUCGAUGCACGAGUACAAGGUCUCUGUGCAUUUCUAUUGGGGAUAUGUUAUGAAUUCAAUGAUGAAAAGGAUGUUCCUAUUAACAGAUCUAUGCUUCAACCGAUUUUACAAAAUCGAAUCGGCGUGGAUCAAUGUAUUAAUCGUAUCACGCGGCUUCGAGAAAUUCCUAAUUUUAAGCACGUUUCUCAGUAUCUACAGGUUACUCCGGAGGAAGAAGAAAAAGGACUGCCUGAUUUAUUUUUCGACUAUUCAUUCGUAGAGUUUUUUAAGAAUAAUUAUGAAACAAUCCAAAAGUCUAUUAGCGCCGACCCUAGAGCCGGCCCAGCACCACGACGAAGUACAGAUUUAAAUGGUGGCAGCGGAAACUCGUCGAAUGAUUACUACGAUAUAUCGGCAGCAGCGUCUGCUGCUUCGGCAACUAUCGCAUCAUUAAAAACAGUGAUUCAGAAUCAGGAACAACAAAUUGACGAGAUGAAAGAACAGAUAAGUAAACUUAAAGAAACGUCAGAGGCUGAGAAAACCGCCUCAAUUAACGAAAUAGCAUCACUAACCGCACAAAUAUCGUCGCUACAAUCGCUAGUCACAACACACCAAACAAAACAAGCGACGUUGGAGAAGGAACAAGAAGAUACAAUGGAACUUCUUGCCGAUCAGGAUGAGACUAUUAAACAAUAUCGGAUAGUGGAGAUGAGAAAGAGGUAA